ACUAGAGGAAUAACAAGUGUGAAGACUCUGUUUCUUGUCCUCAAUCCACAUUUUCUUUUGGGUUUCCUAAAAGUGUUUGGAUGUAAGAUCUCGGACAAAAGUUUAUUGUAGUCUCUUAUCUGGAUUCUGGACAGUGAUUGAAGAGACGGUGUGACUUCUGCUUAGUCAUUGAAGAGCCCUCUCCACUUCUGUUUUUGGACUCAUGUCGUCAAUGGAGAGGAUCUGUCCUGGAGCACAAAUGUAAAAACUUCAGCCUUCUGUUUGUUUGAACGGAGAUACAGUAUAUAUUGUUUUGACAUGUAGAAACUGUAGAAAAGACAUCAAAUUCUUAAGGGAAAAAGGAAAAUCUCAAGGAUCAAGAUGUACAAGUUACAUAUUUUACCUUACCUGGGAGUGUUGAUAAUGGCGGUCAUCGCCAACAAGAUGCUGGAUGACUGUUUGGCAUCAGAUCGUACAUAUACCAUGAAUGUUGUGCUGCUGGAGGACAACACUUAUGAGUGGAGUCGACCGUUUGUGCAGGCGGCUGUGGAACAAGCCAUUGAAGAGGACAGGCAGACGAACAUUGACCAUGAAUUAAACUUCAAUUUGACGGCUAACUACUAUGGAUUCGACACCACCAUGUACAACCGGCAGGGCUGUGGGAGCAGCACCUGUGAGGGAGUGGCAAUACUCAAGCUGCUGCAUAGUAAAAAUGAAGUGGGAUGCGUCAUGCUGGGACCUUCCUGCACCUACGCCACGUUCCAGUUAGUAGAUGAUGAAAUUGGCCUGAACCUGAGCAUUCCAAUCAUCUCAGCUGGGAGCUUUGGCCUCUCAUGUGACUAUAAGCCCAAACUGACCCGAAUUCUGCCUCCAGCACGCAAGAUCGCAGACUUACUCCUCCACUUUUCGAAGGAAUUAUUGGACUUUAAGGAACCUUGGACGCAGGUUUAUGUCUACAAGAAGUCCACCAUCCCACCUGAGGACUGCUUCUGGUACAUCAACGCAUUGGAGGCAGCCUCUGCCACCUUUUCCUCAAGCUUUAACAGAGAGAUGCUGCGUGGGGAAGAAGAGCUGACAAAGGCCCUCGAGGCUAAAGACAGAUUCAGCAACAUUUUCAUCCUUUGUGGGAAACCUCAUGAUGUUGUUUCAAUAAAGAGUAUGGUGGAGGUGAUUCCAGAGGACGUCGUGUUCAUUCUUCUAGAUAUUUACAACCCUGAGUAUUAUGUCAACACAACAUCGAGUGCUGGCAUGCAAGAUGUCUUGGUGAUCACUCUGCCACAGAGGAACUACGACUAUGGAUCAAACUCAACAUACAACAACACGAUAAAUGACUAUGUAGCUGGGUAUCAUGAUGGAGUUCUACUGUUUGGCAAAGUGCUCAGAGAGAGGAUGCUCAGUAAGCAACGUAACAAGGGAUCCUAUGAUGUUCCUCUGAGUGACAACCCAUUUGGAAACACCUCCUUUGACGGUAUGGGAGGACACUAUGUGCUCGAUGAGUACGGAGACAGAGACGCUAACUUCUCUAUCAUUUACACAUCAACUAUCACCGGCAAGUAUGAAACCCUGUCAGUGUUUGAUACAUCGCAGAAUAAAACUAGUGUGACAGACACAAUCCCAGCUCUGCCCUGGAAAGGGAGUCGCCUGCCUGGUGCCAUACCAGAGAAUUCAGAAGGGUUAAAUAUGCAGGAUGUGAUUGUGAUCGUUCUGAGUCUCAGCGUUGUCGUGGUGACAGCCGUCGCUCUCAUAUUCUACAGGCAGAACAGAAAAGAGCGUCAUAUGCAAAAGAGGUGGUCUCACAUCGACUUACAUCUGAUUGCCCCACUGGAUGAGAAGGAGGUCUGUCUGAAGAUUGAUGACGAUAAGAGGAAGGACAGCACAUACUUCAGUCACAGAUGCCGCUAUGACAAGAAGCCCGUGAUCUUAAAAGAGCUGAAGCAAACAGACGGAGACUUUACUGAGGACCAGAAGAUUGAGCUGAACACACUGUUGUGUAUCGAUUACUACAACCUGACCAAGUUCUAUGGCACGGUGAAGUUUGAGUACGGUGUCUUCGGGGUGUUUGAGCUCUGCCAGAGGGGCUCUCUCAGGUACAUUCUGAAUGACAGGAUCUCCUAUCCAGAUGAAACCUUCAUGGACAUGGAGUUUAAGAUAUCUGUCAUGUAUGACAUUGCAAAGGGCAUGUCAUAUCUCCACUCCAGUAACAUUGAGGUCCACGGUCGCCUCAAGUCCACCAACUGCGUGGUCGACAACCGAAUGGUAGUCAAGAUCACUGACUUUGGGUGUCACACCAUACUCAGUCCAGGCAGAAACUUAUGGACGGCCCCAGAGCAUCUUCGUAAAGAUGGGGUGUCUCAAAAAGGCGAUGUUUACAGCUAUGCCAUCAUUGCUCAUGAAAUUGUUAUGAGACUGUCCACGUUCUAUACACAGUGCUGCUCUGAUAUUACAGAGAAGAUACACAGAGUGCAGUUCCCCAGUGGGGCAGGCAUCUUCAGACCUGACCUCAACUUUGACAGCACAUCAGAGAGGGAGAUCGAGCUGUACACGCUGAUAAAAAACUGCUGGGAUGAAGACCCAGAACGGAGGCCAGAUUUUAGGAGAAUAGAGUUAACUCUGGGUAAGAUUUUCAGUAACCUGCACAACCAAGCCACUGAGACAUACAUGGACAACCUGAUCCGUCGCCUGCAGAUGUACUCCAGGACUCUGGAGCAUCUGGUGGAGCAGAGAACCUCUUUGUACAAAUUUGAGAGGGACAGAGCUGAUCGCCUCAACUUUAUGCUACUUCCUGGCCCAGUGGUGCGUUCACUGAAGGAGACGGGGAAAGUGAAACCAGAGCUCUUUGAGGAGGUCACCAUCUAUUUCAGCGACAUUGUCGGAUUCACCACCCUUUGCCGCUACAGCACCCCCAUGGAGGUGGUUGACAUGCUCAAUGACAUCUACAAGAACUUUGACAGCAUCCUGGACCACCAUGAUGUCUACAAGGUUGAGACAAUAGGAGAUGCGUACAUGGUUGCAUCAGGUUUGCCCAAACGCAACGGUGACAGGCAUGCAGUGGACAUCGCCCUCAUGGCCCUGGACAUGCUGGCUUUUGUAGGGACGUUUGAGUUGCUGCACCUGCCUGGAAUCCCUCUGUGGAUCCGUAUUGGUGUGCAUUCAGGACCAUGUGCAGCAGGAGUAGUGGGGAACAAGAUGCCUCGCUAUUGUCUUUUUGGAGAUACAGUCAACACUGCUUCACGCAUGGAGUCCACAGGCCUACCUCUGAGAAUUCAUACCAGCCAGUCCACCAUCAACAUCCUGCAGAGGACAGACUGCAAGUUUGAGUAUGAAAAAAGAGGAGAGACGUACCUGAAGGGUAAAGGCAAAGAAAUGACAUACUGGUUAACAGGAGUCAAUGGGGGACAAUUCAACCUGCCAACACCACCAACAGCGGAGAACUUCCAGCGGCUCCAGCAGGACCUUGCGGAGAUGAUCGUGUCCACCCUUGAGAAGCGAGGAGAUGGGGUCUUCAGAAAGACCCUGUCAACCAAAAUCCGUCGGAGGGAGACCAACAGCAGCCUGCAGAGCGACAGCCCGCCAGAGUACUUUCACUUGGCUGUCACUGACAACCCCAGUACGUAUCUGUGAUUACAGAGGAUCUUUGCUUACGAUGUCGUCCAAGGAGUAGAUGUCAUAGUAGUGCGCCUGUACUUGUCUGAAUCAACACUGCUGGGUUUCCAUGGACAGCUCUGUUCAUUCGGAGGGUGGCCUAACAGUUGAGCAGCAGUGGAACAAGCAGGCAUGUUAGAAAUAGCACUGAAGCUCUCAGUUCUCCUUUUGCCCUUUGAAGCUUUCCUCCCUCAACACCCAUCCCUCUGCCACAAAAAAUGUUUUAAACUGUUUAUAAGUCUAAGUUCUUGUUGAAAGGAAAAAUCCACCCACAGAUACUGUUAUAUAUCAUUUUGUUUUUGUGGUUAUUUCUCUGUGGUGUGGGAGUGAUAUUUUUAGAGAACGUCAUUGAAACUAUGUUGUACUCUGCAUAAUUUCUUUUGACCUGUUAUUCAUGGGAAUAAAAAAGGAUCACGACCAAACAUUAACACUGGCUUAAACAGUAUAUGAAAUGGUCUAUCAUUUUCAAAUAAGGCUCACUUCAUGAAAGAUUAAUUAGUUGCUGUAUGCCACUAUGUAUAUUUUGAUGCAACCACAUGGUGAUGCCAAAGUCAGACAUCUUCAAAUUCUACAAAUAAUGGCUAUAAAAUGUACCUCGAAAUGUUUUGGCUAGGCUGUUCUUUCAAAAUAUUUCAAAUUAAAAUGGCAUGGGUUGAAAUGACACAUGCUUUAUUGUAUUUUGUAACUUAACCUUUGCCUCCUGUGCUGUGCAUAACUCACACGUCACAACAACAUGGAUUUAAGGGCGAGAAUCGUCCUUUGAGAUUUAUUGAGAAAUGGUCAGGAAUCCAAGUAAUGAGAGAUAAAAUUGAAUAUACUCUUCUUGACUUUACUUUGAACAGUUCUCCGUU